UUUUUUUUUUCCUUCUUUGCUAUGACUAUAUAUAACGAUAGACAAACUCCCAAAGUGACUUUGGACUAUAUUGACUGGAUAAUAGAACAACGACAACAAGGAUUACAAGAUCAUAAAUGGCAACAACAAAGGUUACGAGAUAUAUAUAGGUUGGUCAAACGACGACAAAAAGAACUUCGUAUCUUCUUCUUAACAGUGGACGCAUUACAAUCACAAUAUAGACGAUAUCAUCAUAGUCAAUAUCAACUUUUGGACCGACUGACGGAAGAAAUCAAUCAACAUGAUUGGAAACAACACAAUGACCGACGACAGCAAAAACAAGACGAAGCACAGUGGACCCAUUUGGAAAAGCAAUUGCAGCACCUACGUACGUAUGCAGCACAACGACGAGAUAAGAAGGCAAAACGAGAACGACAAUAUCAUGAUGUUUAUUUCGUACCGGUGGUUAAUAAGCAAUACAAAAAGAAAUAUAUGCGUGCGCGUGACAAGAACAAUGCUGUAGAACAACAAUUGUCAGAUUUACAUAGAGACAUGGAUGUGAUCAAGGAUCGACUCAAGCAACAACGUAAUGCAUGGUCAUCAGGAUUGGCAUUUCGACAACAACUCAUGGAACAACAAGAUCAAAUACAAAAAGAACUCGAUCAUCAGCAAGCUCUUUUGGUGAAAAUGAAACAAGCUCAAUCAUUUUGGUGUCAAUUUGAUACUCAUCAUGUACAACCUUACCUUGACUGGCUCCAACGCAGUGAUGAUGACGAUGAUGAUGAUGAUGAUGACAAUGAUUGGACUCGAUUACGAUUGAUGACUGUGGAUUAUGAAGAAGCUGAACAACAUGGUCGACAUACUUGGGAUCAUGAAUCUUGGGAGGUGACUUUUGAAUGCUCACAUUGUCAUAUGACGACUGAUGGUUGGCCCUAUUUGAACAAGGUACGUACAACUCAAUUGAUGUGUGUUUCCUGUUAUCAAGAUAAUCGGACAUCUAUGAUUAUGGAGAAGAAACUAUCGUCCAUCUUUUCUGGAUCUCAACAACAUGCUUACAAACAACCUGAUGUACUUUUAUUCUCUCGUUCAUCAUCUAUUCCAUCCUUGAUCUCCUCAACCUCCAAAUCAACACAAUCUAUCAUCAAUGACUGCAAGCCUUUUGUCAAGAAAAUGAAAUCCGCUCUUUCUCUCAAUCACAAGGUCGAUGCUUUGAUCCAUAAUCCAUUAUUGAUCUCAAAACAAACCCAACGAGCUUUAUUAGCAUAGAAAAAAUUAUAUAGUUUUUUUAUUUAUUUAUUUAUUUUUACUUCUUG